UUCAAAUACAACGAUACAGUCGCUCGGGGCGCGCGCACGCUUUGUUUGUAAGCGCGGGAAAUGUGACAUUUGUAUACAAAUAAAUAUUUGUUUAAUAAAUAAAAAUGCAGUUGAUUGUGCUAUGCCUUUGCGUCUGUGCGUGUGUUGUCGGUCAGGAUAUUGAAGCUAUGAGGAACAUGCCGAAAUACGAUUCGAGAUAUGAUUAUUUAGAUGUGGAUGGUUUGUUUAAUAGCAAACGUCUGGUAAAGAACUAUGUUGAAUGUCUGGUGAAUGGCCAGAGAUGCUCACCCGAGGGGAAGGCUCUGAAAAGACUUUUGCCUGAAGCAUUAAGGACGAAAUGCGUUCGGUGUACGGAGAGACAGAAAAAAAUCGCUGUUAAAAUUAUUAAACGUUUGAAAAUCGAAUAUCCUGACGAAUGGGCAAAACUGCAGUCCAAGUGGGACCCGACUGGCGACUUCACUAGAUACUUCGAGGUGUUCCUAGCUAACGAGCAAUUCAAUUCGAUUUCCGGAGAGGGUAACGAACCAUCUCUGCCGUCUCUGCCAUCUCUACCACCUCUACCACCUCUGCCACCGCUACCACCGCAAACAAGCUCACCACAGCCAGCGACCACAGCACCAACCCCGCCCCGGCCGUUGCUGCUGAACAGGUUUGCUGAUGAGGUUAUGGAGGUGAGUCCUUCGUCCGCUGUGACGCCGAUGCGACCAUCUACUACGAGGCCUACCACCUCUAAGCCCGCCACAGUGAGGCCUACCACCACAAGAUCACCUACAAUGAGACAACCGGUGCCACCCAGACCCACACCAGUGUCCUGGGCCAACGCUGGUUCUGAAUCAAUGCCAACUCGUUUCACUUUACGACCGACAAAAUCUGAAUUGCCUCUACCAUAUUCCACGGCAAUAACGCUGAUCGAUCAAAUUGGAAUCAAAAUUAUAAGAACGACUGAACUCGUCACCGACAUAUUAAAAAACACAGUCCGAGCUGUUGUUGGACGGUAGACAGUGACGUUUGAUGUUUGACAGAUAUGACAUUUAAUACUAAAUUAUUUAUAUAAAUACUGUUUGGGUUUAAUUUAUCGAAAAUGUUAUCUGUUAUUUACUUGUAAGAAAUAAUUUGUAUGUAGCUGUAAGGUAAAUUAAGUUAUAUAAUGAUAAUUUGAUACGAGAUUACUAAUUAUUGUAGUGCUAUUUAAGUUUUAAAUAUAUCAAAACGAGACAAAUAAUAUUUGUUUCCAUAAUUUGUUGUGAUUAUAUUGUAUGAUAAACUAUGUUGCUCUCAUUGCGAACAGAUUAAAGAUAAGCGUUCUAAGUAAUGGGCAUUAUAAGUUCAACUGUAUGAAAAAUAAAACAUUAUAGAAAUUUCACAAAAUAGAAUAGAAACAAACCAGUGAAUCAAUAAAUAUUCGAUCGCCAUUAA